AUGAUCGACAAGUCUGACCAGUUCGACUUCCUCCGCGAGCUGGUCGAGGGCAUCCCCGACCCCGUCGAGCCCAAGGCGACCGCGACGCGGCGCAAGUCGACGGCCGACACGCCCGGCCGGCGGCGCGGCGCGGCCGCAAAGGACAGCAAGAAGGACGAGGUGCCCGCCCCCGACUCGCUGCCUGCCAUUGGCACUUGGGGCAAGCGCGAGCCAAGCCCGGAGCAGUAUUGCGCUCGAUCCAGCCCCGCCAAGUCGAGCAACACUCACCUCAAUGGUCAGCGCGUCAAUCUUCGCGCACAUCUCCUCGACGGGGACCUUUUUGCCGUGAAUCUGGGUCUGGCGACCGAGCGGUCAGACGCGACUCCAGGCGAAGACGACAACUAUGAUGACUACUAG